UGCCGUGAUCUAAGUUUCUAGGACACAUUAUUUCGUCCUUAUAACUCCCUUACUAGCCCACAAGCUCAUGAAGUGCGCAGAAUCGAGCACAUGCCCGUUUGCUUGAUGGCAUGCCUGAUUGCUUGAUGCAAUCAGGCAAGCAGGCCUGUGAUCCAUCCAUACUAUCAUGUGUCAGGUUCUGCUAAUUUGGAAGCCGAGUAUCCCAUCUAUCCAAUUCCUGUGGCUCUGCUCCCCCGCGACGCGAAGGACAGAGAACAGGUUGGGGAAUAACAGUCGAAGCCGAGAACAAAACCCCAAGCUCGGAAUGCGGCGGCACGCGCACAAUAGAUCAAUAGCAACUUGGGCGCUGGCGCAGAGCAAAGCACCGCUGGCCAAAAAAGCAAAGAUAAUGUGUGGAGUGGAAACAAUAGCGACGAAGGGAAAAGGGAAGGCAGGGCGUGGUAAUGGAAAGAAAUAGGUUUUUAUAUUGUUCAUUGACUCGUACAAUAUCUCAUAUUAGUCUAUUAACAAUUCAACAUUCCUCUGAGGCCACCCGACGGCGACGACGAAGGUUGAUUAGCGUGGGAAGCCUUACAUCACCACCAGUGCCGAUCUGGACUUGACCGAUCGCAGAACGACCAACACGGCAACAGCGCGAUGUCCGCAGCGUCCGUCCGACACCAAACCAUGUCCUAAGAUUAAAAAAGUUGGGCACAAGCCAUGCCCAUGCCCAUGCCCGCCAUCAAAUGCCCGCCAAGCCAAAUUCAAACUCCGCUUGGCGGGACAUGCCCGUUUGACACGCCCAUAUAAUAAGUCUGUGCAAACGUGCUUCCCAGGGUUCCUCUGCGGAAUCCUUUCUCGUCCGCUCAACGAACACUCGCUGCCUGUGUCGUGAGUAGUCGCACGACGCGCCUCGGGGCACACGAACCGCACUAUUUUUUCUCGAGAAUGACGAUAUAGACAUUGUACUGAAAAUUGGACGGAGCGACGCGGGCGUCGGCAAUAUCGAGUUUCUCUGAUUAUCCACAAGAGUCGCGACACGUCACAAGUGCACGGCGACGACAGCGCAGAUCAUCGGCGCUGGCCGGUCCGGUGCAGAGGCGUGUAUACCAAAGCCGAAAAUGACUUCAUCGCGCACUUCUUUUCGUGGAGCCAAGGGACGUGGGAGGGAUGGUUUUGCGCCCACGCUCUGACGUGCGGGUGCUUAUCUGUCUGCUCUCCGCGAUAUGGGCAAGAAACGCGUUCUGUGCAGCUACGGGGUGGACGUGGACGCGGUGGCCGGAUGGCUCGGCUCCUACGGCGGCGAGGACUCGACGAGCGACAUCAGCCGAGGCAUCUUCGCAGGCACAGUGGGGACGCGGCGCCUGCUGGCGCUGUUCGCCCAGUACAACAUCAAAGCGACGUGGUUCAUCCCGGGGCACUCGCUCGAGUCGUUCCCGGAGGAGUCCGCGCUCGUGCGCGACGCGGGGCACGAGCUCGGGCUGCACGGCUACUCGCACGAGAACCCGAAGGACAUGACGCCCGCGCAGCAGCGCGCGGUGCUGGACAAGACGUUCCGGCUGCUCACGGCGUUCUGCGGCGGGAAGCCGCCGCGCGGGAGCGUCGCGCCGUGGUGGGAGACGAGCCGCGAGGGCGCGGAGCUGCUGCUGGGGUACGGGAUCGAGUACGACCACUCGAUGAGCCAUCACGACUGCCAGAUGUACUGGCUGCGCACCGGCGACGAGUGGACCAAGAUCGACUAUGCGCAGGAGGCCGCGGCGUGGAUGAAGCCGCUCGUGCCGGGCCCGCCGACGGGGAUCGUGGAGAUCCCCGCGAGCUGGUAUAUCGACGACCUCCCGCCGAUGAUGUUCAUCAAGUCCGCGCCGAACAGCCACGGGUGGGUCAAUCCGCGUGACGUCGAGGCGAUCUGGAUGGAUCAUUUCGACUACUUUUACCGCGAGUACGACGAGUUCGUCUUCCCGAUGACGAUCCACCCGGAUGUCUCGGGCCAUCCGCACGCGCUGCUCAUGCAGGAGCGGAUCAUCGAACACAUCAACUCACAUGAGGGCGUGGAGUGGGUCACGAUGGCCGAGAUGUGCGACGACUUCAAGCGCAAGAACGCAGCCCCCGAAGGCGCACUGAUGCCUGCUGACUCAGUCGACGUCUUGAAGAGGCUCGGAAUGUGAAUAUCCUGUCGUUCCAUAAAUAUAUACAUGUUGUUACAAAUAUAGCAGUGUCUUUUGAAAUCCUUGCGUCUUCCCAGGUUAAUAAUACGCGUGCACUGGUUCAACUUCUCUCCAGCCCAGAACCCGCCCACCCGCAUCCACCACCGGCACAAAGCCAGCCCGGACCGGGACCGGCACCGGGGCAUAGUGCGAGUGCGACGACGGCCAUCCCGCAACACAGUAGCCACCGGCAUACUCCGCCGGCACAUUCACCCGCUGCACACGCGGCAGCGGCGUCUCGCGGGACCGAGUGCUGGAGCCCGGGUGCGCGCGGUCCCGGCGGCGCUCGUCCCCCUGCGACUGCGUUUGCG